ACAGAAUGGUACCACAUGUACUCACGCACGCUCUUCUUUGCCUCGCAAGAAGAAGAAAAAACACCCGUGAGGUCAGGAUUUAAGAGUGCAUAUAUUACUUGCUACAAGAGCGGGUGGUAUUACGUAAGACCUCUCGUCCGCUACAGCUGCGAAUAACAGUGACAGCGGCGGAGUUGCGGAACGCCAGCUGGAAAGACCACUACAGUAAGCAAAGAGGAGACUCCAGGCAGUGCUAGAGAAAUAUACCCGUGAAAAUGCAGGAAUUUCACUCCUUGUUUUGAGAAUUAAGUGAAGGGGAGGAUCAGUGGGGAACUGGAGAUUUCGCGAGAACAAAAAGGAACAACAAAUCGUCUUUAUCCCAGUGCCAUUUGGCUUCCUACAACUGCCUGACUGUGAGGAGUCGUCGUUAGAAAACAAAAGGAUCUGGGCAUGCAGAAGUGAAGGUUAUUCUUUCCAAGUUGAGGACACCCCCGAAAUAGGUUUUGGCCCCACAACUGUGGGAGUGGGGCCAGGGAAUAUGAGUCGACUGUGGCCCUUUGUGUGGACGGUGUGGGGACUGAGGGUCACUAUGGUCUGGGGGUCAUCAGUCAGUCCCAUCCUCCUCAAGACGACCCCUGUCCCAUCUGUGGAAGAUGCACAUAAUAUCACGGAUGCAAUGACCAGUAAUUACACAGGGCUGAGCUGUGUGUCCCUGCUCCCUCCCCGCCGCGGCUCCUUCUACGUGGAGAGCGGCACCGGCGUGUCGCUGGGAUCCGUGCUGGUGUUCUGGUGCCGGGAGGGGUACCAGCUGGUCGGCAGUGAGAAAAUCGCCUGCAUCAUCAGAGCCAGCACUCCCCAGUGGAGCAACUAUCUCCCCGUCUGCGAAGCCAUCCCCAGGCCGGAGGAUCGUGGCCUGCGUGUGGCCGUGCUGGUGUCUGUGGUCAGCGGCAUCGUGAUCCUGGCCAUGUCCGUGUCCUUCAUCGUCUGCUGCCUGCAGGAACGCAUCGGCAAGGAGAGAGAGUACCGACGAGACAGCAGAGCCAGGAAGAGGGACAAGCAGCGCUCCUCGUCUCGCAGGGGGGCGUGCUGGCUGGAGCAGGAGCACGGAGACUGGGAAGCCUUCCCCCCGCCCAAAGUCUUCCACCUGUCCCACCGCCUGCCGUCUGAGAGCCUGCUCUACCCGGAGGGCUACAGAGGCUACGAGAACCGCGGAUAUCACAGGAGCCAAGAGAGUCUACUGAAGGCUUCUAUCCCGGGGCUGUACUGCACCGAAAACCAGGUGUACCCUCACAUGGUGCUGCAGAGAGUGCCCACCCCCACCGCUCCCAUGUACCUGCAUCUCCCUGCCCAGCCCACGGAGGUCCCUCCCCCUCCUCAGGUCAUGUCCGCCUACGCCAACCCCGCCUACCACAGCAGCCCCCACGACACCCCGCACAGGCCGUGGCCAUAGCAACCCCCCCCUCAGCCCCUCCCCUCCCCACCUGCCUUCUCGCUCUCCUUCUGGCGGCUGCGCGCAGUAGCCACGGCGACGGAGAGAGCGCUCCGCUGACAAGCUGCUGUGCCAGCGACUGUCCAGCGCAGGUUAUGCAAAGACACGCCAGGGUGGCGUGACAAUGAAAAUGUUCCUUUCCUUGAGUAUUUACAUGUUUAACACAGUCGGAAUACCCCUUUUCCAGAAAUGAGAGGAAGAACAUUUUUUUAACAUCUAUUUAUAGUUUCUCUUCGGUGUGGUCAUAAUAUCAGGUUUCUGUCCUCCCUCUUCAUCCUCCUAGGAGACACCUGAUCAGGUUGGAUUAGCAUUAAGCCCAUGGCUGCUCCCUGUAUGGCUUCUCAUGGCAGUAUUGUCACUCCACAAGAAGCACUUAACUGUGCGUAUGCAAGUGAUUGCCUCCUUAUGUACUGCCAGCGGCCAGCCAUAUUAGAUGAUCAGGCUGACAGAGGAAGAAACUGAGCUCAGGCUUAGUUGCUGUGGCUGAUUGUUUUUAGGCUACCAGUCUGCCAUGAUUCAUGCAGCUCCUCUUUAGCCUCUAUAAGUGCAACCAUAACCAUCAAAAGAGGGCAGGCAAUUCUUAUAUCUGUCAGAUUUGUCUUUUUUUUAUUCUUUCAUUUGAAGUAUGAAUUAUCUGUAUUAAGCACUGUUGUUUUGUUGUCAUUGGCAUCUUGAUGAUUUCUCUGCCACAGAUGAAUAGCAAACAAAUACAGUCACAAUGAAAUAUGUAUGCACACAGUACAGAGUAAUGGAGUUCGAGAUGGCCUAGGAACCUAUUGUCAUCCCAGCAUCUGUUAUGCAUUUGUUUUAUAGAAAUGUAUAAAUUUUCCUUAAAAAUAAAUAGAUUUUAUUAAA